UGGACACAAUUAGACAAAAGCUAAACUAGAUAUUUUGUUCUUAUUUUCUUCGAACUUUUUUCCCUAGUGAAAUAUUCAGUUUCAUAGGUGAAGUGAGAAAGCUCUUCGCUUUGGUUAAGAAUGGCUGUACUAAACCAUAUAUCAUUGAGACUAACUUCAACAACAGCAACAAUCUCUCAAGAACAGCCAACACCCAACCCCAGGCCGACCAAAGUCAUAUUGCCCAAGAAGAAGCCGCUUAAAUGGUCUACAGGUCUGGCUCCAGGGGAUUAUGGCGGACCGCCCACAACCACCAAGCUUCGCAAGUACUGGGGUGGCGAAGAGGACGACCCUUUAACUUCUGAUGACUUCAUUUGGAACAAAGACUUCGUUGGUAGAAUGAAGAAGCUAAUUCAGGACCCUGCUUCUGAAGACUCUUCUCUUCAAUCCUCUCCUGAAGAGCCUUCUGGAUUUUUAAGCUUAAAUCGAGUCAUGAGCCUUGACAGUCUGGAAGUCGAUCUGAGCAAGGAACUUGCAACAUCUUCAAAGCCUUUGUUACAACAGGCUGUUGAAACUUCAACUCAACAGAGCAGUGGCAGCAUGUCGCGCAAAUGGAAAUUAGUACCAACACGGCAUGAACAAGAGAAGUGGGAUAAAGCAACAAAGGCUUCAACAGGUGGCAGUGGUGUGAUGCUUCGGGAACUGCGACAGCCUCAAGGAGACCCUGAGGUACUGGCUGCUCAAUCAAGGGAGCAGUACUAUAAGUUGAAAAAGAAGAUGCAAGUUCUCACCUUGGUUAUUGGCGGUUUUGGUUUAGUCUCAGCAUAUGUUUCUUACUCUCCUGAAGUUGCUGCUAGCUUUGGUGCUGGGUUGCUUGGUUCUUUGGUGUAUAUCCGUAUGCUGGGAAGUAGUGUGGAUUCGCUAGCAGAAGGAGCAAAGGGGGUUAUGAAGGGGGCAGUCGCACAGCCAAGGCUACUAGUUCCUGUUGUAUUGGUCAUGAUCUAUAAUCGUUGGAAUGGGAUCCUUGUCCCAGAAUAUGGAUAUAUGCAGUUAGAAUUGAUUCCAAUGUUGGUGGGAUUUUUCACAUACAAGAUUGCAACAUUCUUUCAAGCUAUAGAUGACGCAGUUAAUGUUGUUGGGGGAAAAAGAGAGGUCUAAUAUUAAAACACAAUUGAAGUCGUCUUAGCAUUCUUUAUCAUAGUUCAUUGGAAAAUGCUUUGAAGAUGACUGUAAUACUUAUUCUUGUACAAUUUCUGUAAAAUGCUUUGUAGAUGUCAAUCUUAGUGAUUUUCAGAUUCAGAAAA